GUGAAAAGCAUCCAACAUGUACUCAGCAGCAAGAUCAGAUACACUCUUCUUGGAAGGUGAGAAAGUCAGUGGAGACGACAUCAGGAACCAGAACGUUUUGGCUGCCCAGUCGGUGGCCAACGUCGUCAAGUCGUCCCUUGGCCCCGUCGGAUUAGACAAAAUGCUCGUCGACGAUAUCGGAGAUGUCACCGUCACCAACGAUGGAGCAACGAUCUUAUCACUUUUGGACGUCAAGCACCCAGCCGGAAAGAUCCUCGUGGAGUUGGCUCAGCAACAGGACCGUGAAAUCGGCGAUGGUACCACCUCCGUGGUGAUUAUCGCCAGUGAGCUUUUGAAGCGUGCUAAUGAACUCGUGAGGAACAAAAUCCAUCCCACCACCAUCAUCACCGGUUACCGGCUUGCGUUGAAGGAGGCCAUCCGUUACAUCAAUGAUAUGAUGUCCAUCCCCGUAGAGACGUUGGGAAAGGACACCUUGAUUAAUAUCGCCAAAACUUCAAUGUCUUCCAAGAUCAUUGGAUCUGACAGCGACUUUUUCAGUAAGUUGGUGGUGGACGCCAUGUUGGCGGUAAAGACCACCACCAACAAGGGAGAAGUCAGGUAUCCUGUCAAGGCGGUGAAUAUCUUGAAAGCCCACGGGAAAUCGGCCACCGAAAGUAUGUUGGUGAACGGAUACGCGUUGAACUGUACAGUUGCUUCGCAGGCCAUGGUCAAGAGUGUAACCAACGCCAAAAUCGCCUGUUUGGACAUUAAUUUGCAAAAGGCCAGGAUGGCGAUGGGGAUUCAUAUCAAGAUCGAUGACCCUGAGCAGUUGGAAGAGAUUCGUAAACGAGAGUAUGGAAUCAUCAUUGAGCGUAUCCGCAAGAUUUUGGCCGCGGGUGCCAACGUGAUUUUGACGACCAAGGGAAUCGAUGACUUGUGUUUGAAGGAGUUCAUCGAGGCUAAAGCCAUGGCUGUAAGACGGUGCAAGAAGGAAGAUUUACGCCGGAUUGCCAGGGCCACUGGAGCUACUUUAAUUAGUGACUUGAGUAACUUGGAAGGAGAAGAGACAUUUGAGACCCUGUACUUGGGCCACGCCGAAGAAGUGACCCAGACCAGAAUCAGUGACGACGAAUGCAUUUUGGUCAAGGGUACGAAACUGCACUCGUCGUCUUCGAUUAUCUUGAGAGGUGCCAAUGAGUACUCUUUAGAUGAGAUGCAAAGAUCCAUUCACGACUCGUUAUCGGUGGUGAAGCGGACGUUGGAAAGCGGCCAUGUGGUUCCUGGAGGUGGAUGUGUUGAAACGGCAUUGAACAUUUUCUUGGAGAACUUUGCCACUACGGUUGGGUCUCGUGAACAGUUGGCAAUUGCUGAAUUUGCCAAUGCUUUAUUGAUUAUUCCCAAGACCUUGGCCAACAAUGCUGCCAAAGACUCGAGUGAGUUGAUUGCCAAGUUGCGGACGUAUCACGCGGCGUCCCAGACAGCGUUACUCACUGACACCAAGCGUAAGAAUUAUAAAAACUAUGGGUUGGACUUAAUUGAAGGGCGUAUUGUGAAUGAAAUCACCCACGGGGUAUUGGAGCCAACCAUUUCAAAAAUUAAAUCUUUGAAAUCUGCAUUGGAGGCAUGCAUUGCCAUAUUAAGAAUCGAUACGAUGAUCACCGUGAAUCCGGAACAACCCAAGGAGGAUCCUCACGACCAUUAGUCUGUAAAUAAAUAUACCAAUUUAGUAGAGACUUUAUGUCCAUACCCAGUGAGCAGAGAUCUGAAACAUACACCAGUAAUUCUAACCUUGGUUCAAUCGCACUUGUACAUCUCAAUAACCGUAUAACCAUUACCCAUAAAAUACAUAAAAAAGUCUCAAAGUGAAAUAAAUACAACGAAAGUAACGUGUAACGUGUGUCCUUAGUGAGUGUCAUGGACAGGGUCCUACGCAAUAACCCUUCCCGAAUGCAUCAAAUUGAUGUCCUGGUAAGAGUCGUACGUCUUGGAAUGAUAAGCCCGGUUCAUGCUAUUAACCGACCGGGGCUGUAAGGGCCUCGAGGACUCGAGGUAGGUGGAUGGGCUCUUGGAGUACGAGCUGGCAGAACCUAUCGAGUCCAAUGACGAGGUGCUGGACGAGAUGGUCAAGCUGGGAGAGCUUACAGAACUAAAAGAGCUGAUGGAAGAUGAGCUCGAUGACCGUGAUUUGGAGUAAGGCUUGGCCAAGUUGACGUUGGAUAACCGGUAGUAGCUCAUCUUCUGGUUCUGUUCAGCCGACAACUUCUUCCACAAUUGGUUCUUGAUAGGAAUCAAAAAUGGUUGCAAGGCCACAAUUAAAUCUUCUUCGUACACAUUGACCUUCCACUGCAAAAGCGAAAUCAACUCCCGCUCAGCCAUGUUGACCUCAUCGAGAGUCAACAAACCGUCAGUGUACUUAGUCCAAUGCUUGUUCAAAGGAGAGGAAUCAUUCAAGCAUUUGGCACUUAAAAUCAACGAACUCAAAAAGAUUCUGUGGCGUGUGGUUUCCAUGCCAAUGGCGUUGGCUGGCAACAAGUUUCUCAACUUGUUGAGGUAUAUUAAGGUGGCCAUCAAAGUUGGGGUUUGUACGUUGGAGUACUUGAUCAAGUUUUUGAUAAAACUUGCCAAACUAAUGGUUUUAUGACCCACGGGACUGAUCAUCAUAUCCCCCGUGUGCAAACAGUUGAGCCGGGGAGAUCUCUGUGGGGGUUUCACCUGGAUGAUGGAGUUUGUGGUAGAAACAAGAAAAUUGAUCAUAUCAGUAUUCACCGGUUGCCGGGUGAGGAUUUUCAAUGCUUCUCUGUCAGACAUGGUGGGGAAAAGAGUGAGUUAUGAAGGAUGGAUGGGAGUGGGAGGCCACCGGAAAGUAAAUGAUGGGCAAGAGGAAGUGAAGGACCGUCUU